CUGCCUUUGCAAGCAGCAGUCAGCCGGUGGAAAGAACGAGAGCCGAGUCGCGCUGGAAGAAGGAACGGCUGCGGAUCUUAAUGAGCCAGUUCCCGUUACAAACGGAGAUAACACACACACACACAAGACACGGACACUGAUUGAAACAACACACGGACAUUUGCGGUUCUCCAAACAAAACUUAUACUAUUGUCGCAACGCACAAAAACACACAGUUCCGCGUUGAAACCUAAACCGAACGAAAGCCAUGGCUGACUCCGGAGCGAACAGCAACAGCGACGGGGAGGAAAAACCGAUGCGGGGCUUCGCUCGCCAGGGCGCUCUCCGACAGAAGAACGUGCACGAAGUGAAGGACCACAAGUUCAUCGCUCGUUUCUUCAAACAGCCGACCUUCUGCAGCCACUGCACCGACUUCAUCUGGGGAUUUGGCAAGCAGGGAUUCCAGUGUCAAGUGUGCUGUUUUGUUGUCCAUAAGAGGUGCCAUGAGUUCGUCACCUUCCAGUGCCCUGGUGCAGAUAAGGGGCCUGAUUCAGACGACCCGAGGAGUAAACACAAGUUUAAGGUCCAUACCUACUCCAGCCCUACGUUCUGUGACCACUGUGGAUCCCUACUCUACGGGCUGCUUCACCAGGGCAUGAGAUGUGACCGUACGUAG